AUACAAUCUGUCGUUCCAUUUAAGGCUGGACAUUUCAUUCAUCAUUUUUGUCCAUUUCACAGCGCUAAGGCUGUUUUAAAGAAAGGUUGCGUUUUGAACUGAUAUUUGGCAUCUAAGAUAAUACUGCACCGAGCUCACAAACUAUGGAUUCUAUUGCGAGAGCCCCGAGACGGAUUUCAAGGUACGUUUGGGUGUUUAUUCUUUUCUUCGCAUUCUUUAAGACCGUGUCUACAGUAACUCACUAUUCUAUCCCCGAGGAGAUGGAGGAAGGAUCCGUUGUUGCAAAUCUGGCAGCUGAUCUUGGGCUGGAUGUUAAAACGUUAAAUAGGCGAAAGAUGCGUUUGGACACGAUUGUAUCCAAAAAAUAUCUUGACAUUAACAAAGAAACCGGAGAGCUCUAUGUCGUGCAGAAGAUAGACAGAGAACAUCUCUGCAAUUCCAAAUCAAUCUGCUUUCUAAAGCUAGAUGCUACGAUAGAAAAUCCAAUUCGAAUGUUUAACAUCGAAAUAGAAAUAACGGAUAUCAAUGAUAAUGCUCCAUAUUUUAGGAGAGACACAAUGCACUUGGAUAUAUCAGAGUCUACUUCAACUGGGGAGAGGUUUUCUUUGAACAAUGCUUUCGAUGCAGAUAUCGGAAGCAAUUCCGUGAAUUCAUAUUACUUAAGUGAGAGUGCUCAUUUCAACAUCGAAAUACAGACAGGAAGGGAUGGAUCGAAAUUUGCUGAUUUAAUUUUGAAGAAAGCUUUGGACCGUGAAGAGCAAACAGUUCAUAAUCUGAUCCUCACUGCUGUGGAUGGAGGAGUCCCCGCGCGCUCUGGCACGGCUAGCAUUAUUGUGCGCGUUCUGGACACUAAUGACAACGCCCCUCAGUUCGAUAAAGACAGUUAUACUAUAAAUCUAACAGAAAACUCGCCCACUGGAAGCCUUGUAGUGAAAUUAAACGCCACAGAUAAAGACGAGGGCUCAAAUUCAGAUUUACUUUACUCUUUUAGUUUGUAUACAUCAGAGAAAACGCAGCAAACAUUCAGUCUGAAUCCUAACAAUGGGGAAAUCAGAGUGAAAGAAAUGAUUAAUUAUGAGGAUUUCAGAAUCUAUGAUAUGGAAAUUAUUGCAACAGAUAAAGCAGCUAAUAGUCUCUCUGGAAAGUGUAAAGUAAAGAUUUUAAUCACAGAUAUGAAUGACAAUCAUCCUGAAAUUUCUAUAAAGUCAUUCACAAGUCCAGUUAAAGAAGAUGUACCUGUAAAUACAGUAAUUGCAGUUGUUAGUGUGAGUGAUAAAGACUCUGGAGAAAAUGGACAGGUAGAUAUUCAUAUUUCUGAUGAUUUACCUUUUGCGCUUAAAGAAUCAUCUGAUAAUUAUUAUGAAUUAUUAAUUUCAGAACCGUUAGACCGUGAAAAGGUUGCAGAAUAUGACAUCACUAUAACCGUCACUGACAGGGGCAACCCGCCGUUAUCUGAUAAUGAAACUAUAACUUUAGAGCUACUGGACGUUAAUGACAAUGUUCCUCAGUUCCCGCAGACAUUCUACACGAUCCCUGUUAUGGAGAAUAACGCGCCUGGAGCUUCACUGAGCUCUUUAACUGCGAUAGACCCAGAUCUCCAUGAAAACCAGUAUCUAGUGUAUUUCAUAAUAGAGAAGGAAAUAGUGAACACCUCCAUGUCCAUGCUGUUCUCCAUUAACCCAGAGAACGGUAAUCUUUACGCGCUAAAGACCUUUGACUAUGAGAUGGAGAAGGAGUUUCUUUUCCACAUCGAGGCCAGAGACUCUGGUGUUCCUCCGCUCAGCAGUAACGUGACCGUUCACAUUAUUAUCAUGGAUCAGAACGACAACACACCGCUUAUAGUGUCUCCAUGGCGCGCGCACGGCUCGGAAGUGAAGGAAAAGAUCCCGAGAUCCACAGAUAAAGGAACUCUGAUAGCCAAAGUCAUCGCCAUAGACUCUGACUCAGUGCACAACUCUCGGAUCACGUACCAGUUCCUCCAGAACACCGACGCCACGUUAUUCAGCUUGGAUCAAUACAACGGAGAGAUCCGGACCAUGAGAAUGUUCAGUUACAGAGACUCGCGAGACCAGCGGCUGGUGGUGAUCGCCAAAGACAACGGAGAGCCCGCGCUCUCUGCUACAGUCACCAUCAAACUGUCCACGGUGGAGACCGCCCUCAAAACCUAUACUGAGGUGCCUUUGGAGUAUGACAUCUUCUCAGAUCUAAACCUGUAUCUGGUGAUCGGCCUGGGCUCUGUCUCGUUUCUUUUACUCAUCACUAUACUGGUGACCAUCGUGCUGAAGUGUCAGAAAGCGAAGCCCAGCAAAGCGGCUCCUCCGUGCAGGAACAGUGUGAUCAGCGAGAGGAACUCGACCAUCGCGGACUCCACUCUGGUCUCCAACGAUGCCUACUGGUACAGUUUAUUUCUAGCAGAGACGAGGAAAGGAAAGCUGGUGGUCAGACAGCCUGCGCCAAAGGGAGCGAGAUACAUCGUGUCCAGUUUACCGAGGAGCACAGGAGUGACCGAGACCAGCGACUCAGCCGCUUCUACUCUACAGGUAAGAUCACAUAUUAUUGCUUAUUUUUUUAAAUACUUUUCACAUGCAUUAUUACUGAUGAAGCGCAAAUUCUAA